GCGACCCUGAAAAGGAUAAGCGGAAGCGAAAGGAACGUGACCUGAUGUGACUCAGUUUGUGUAUAUAAAGAGCAGAGAAGUUCCCCGUCAUUACUGCAUCACUCAGCUGAUACUUGAACAAUAGCUUUACCUGACAGAGCAUCAACAUGAAGACUGUCCUGCUCCUCUCUGCUCUCCUCUACGCUGCACUGGCAGCUCCAGCUGAAGAAGAUCAUGAGGCUUCAGAAGAAGCAAUGGUCAUCCUGAAGGAAGAUGUGGCUGCUGCCCGUGCCCAAGAGUUUGAGGGAGCAGACACACCUCAAUCUCAUUUUAGCUUCUGUCCAGAUGGCUGGUUCAGCUAUGGUUCUCGCUGCUUCAAGUUCAUCAAUAGUCCCAAGUCCUGGAUCUCUGCUGAGGAGUACUGCAAUAGUCUGGGUGGCAAUCUGGCCUCAGUUGCCAACCCAAGAGAGUACAGCUUCCUCCAACAGAUGACACAGACAGCGGGUCGGACUACUGCUUGGCUGGGAGGUUUCAGACUGCAGAACCAGUGGCUUUGGAUUGACCGUGAGGGUUUCUAUUACACCAACUGGUACAGCCAGUCCUCCUCCAGCAGCUACUCUUGCCUCUACCUACAAUCCGCCUAUGGUUGGAGUAACACUCAGUGUACUUCCAGCAAUCCUUUCAUCUGCUCUAAGAAUGCAUUUGGUUGUUAACAUUUAUGCUAAGCAUAUUUGGCCUGUGGGCGGGCCACAUGGUAUUUUUUUCUGUUUAAAAACAUAAACUCUGUUGUAUGUGUUAAUGAAUGGGAGAUUUUUUUGUCUUCUUCAAAGAUUUAAAUAAUGAAGUGCUAGUAAAUUCUGUUGGUCAGUUUAACAAUUUCUUUUCUAAAAUAAAGACAAUGUGUAAUUGCCUUUGUUGUAUCUCUUUUGUAAGUCUUCUGAAGGUAAAGAUUUCUUCAUGACUAUAAAUAAUACCAAUACCAAUCACUGAAGGGGCAGUUCAACCA